GAGUCCGAAGACCAAGUCUUGGCUACUUUUUGUGGGAGAGAGGCCACAGACACAGAGCUGACUCCGGGCCAGCAAGCUAUCAUGUCUCCUGGUUCAUACAUGAGCCUCACGUUCCGGUCAGACUUCUCCAAUGAGGAACGCUUCACGGGCUUCGACGGCCAUUACACAGCAGUUGAUAUAGACGAAUGUCUUGAGAAGAGUGAUGAGGAAUUGGCUUGUGACCACCACUGUCACAACUAUAUUGGCGGCUAUUACUGCUCCUGCAGAUUCGGUUACAUCCUGCACUCUGACAACAGGACAUGUAAAGUGGAAUGCAGUGACAAUCUCUUCACCCAGAGGAACGGAGCCAUCAGCAGCCCGGACUUCCCCAACCCCUACCCCAAGAGUUCGGACUGCUUGUACCGUAUUGAGCUGGAAGAAGGGUUCUUCAUCACCCUGCAGUUCGAAGACAGCUUCGAUGUGGAGGACCACCCAGAAGUGUCCUGUCCGUAUGAUUAUGUAAAGAUCACAGCUGGGCUGAAAGAGUUUGGGCCCUUUUGUGGAGAAAAAUCUCCGGGACGUAUCGAAACCAGAAGCAACAGUGUCCAAAUCCUGUUCCACAGUGAUAACUCGGGAGAGAACGGAGGCUGGCGGCUGUCCUAUACAGCAAUCGGGGAUCCGUGCCCGCUGGUGGAGCCGCCACUGAAUGGCAAGAUCGAGCCCUCGCAGGCAACGUACACCUUCAAAGACCAGGUGGUCAUCAGCUGCCACACCGGCUACAAUGUCCUCAAGGAUGACGUGGAAAGUGAAACGUUCCAGAUCGAGUGUAUGAAGGACGGGACGUGGAGCAGCCAGAUUCCUGUUUGCAAAAUGGCAGAUUGCAAGCAGCCGCCUGAGCUGGAGCACGGCUACGUCACUUUUUCCACGUCCAACAACCUGACCACGUACCAGUCGGGGAUCCAGUAUUCCUGCCAGCGUCCCUACUACCAGAUGGUCCCCAAUGUCACAGGAGUCUACACGUGUGAUGCCCAGGGGGUCUGGAUCAGUGCUGAGCUGGGGACGCACCUGCCAUCUUGUCAACCAGUUUGUGGUCAGCCCACUCGCCCGCUGCCCACUCUCGUCAAGCGGAUCAUCGGAGGACGGAACGCCGAGCCCGGCUUCUUCCCCUGGCAAGCGCUGAUUGUGGUGGAGGACAUGUCCCGAGUGCCCAACAACAGGUGGUUCGGCAGUGGAGCCCUGCUUUCCGAAUCCUGGGUGCUGACCGCUGCCCACGUCCUCCAGUCUCAGCUCCGAGACAGCACCAUCCUCCCGGUCUCCAAAGAACACGUCAUUGUCUACCUGGGCCUCCACGACGUCAGAAACAAGAUGGACGCCGUCAACCGGACGGUCGAGAGGAUAAUUCUCCACGAAGCCUUUAACAUCCAGAACUACAACCACGACAUUGCUUUGGUGAAGCUGAAAGAGAAGGUGGACAUGGGCCCGUACGUGAUGCCGGUUUGUAUCCCGCAGCUGGAACAUGAGCUGGAGGGGCCUCAGCCCAACACGCUGGGCCUCGUGGCCGGCUGGGGCAUCUCCAACCCCAACGUCACCGUGGACGACGUUUUCAGUUCAGGCUUGAGGACCCUCUCGGAUGUCUUACAGUACGUGAAGCUGCCCGUUGUGUUGCACACGGAGUGCAAAGCAAGCUAUGAGUCCCGAUCGGGCAACUACAGCGUCACCGACAACAUGUUCUGCGCCGGUUACUAUGAAGGUGGGAAAGACACCUGCCUCGGUGACAGCGGGGGAGCGUUCAUCAUCCAAGACCUGGACAGCCAAAGAUGGGUGGCCCAAGGAUUGGUCUCCUGGGGUGGACCGGAAGAAUGCGGUAGCAAACAAGUCUACGGGGUUUACACCAAGGUCUCCAACUACGUGGACUGGCUCCAAGAGCAAACCGGGUGGACAUUCGGGAAUCCCGAACGGAGGAGAUGAACUGAGACGAGAGACCAAAUCGAAGACAAAGGACGGCUUGCCAUCUGGAGGGACAGCUGCCCCAAUGCACCAUUUUCUUGCAAGCACUCCGAGGGCCUUCCUGGAGGAUUCCAUAAAUAUAUUUCACACCACAAAAGUACAAUUAGUUUGAAAGAAAGAAAAGUACAUAGUUAUCUUUCCUUGAAAAAAAGUAUUUCCAUGGUCGGGACCUGCAGAUCUACAUUCACAACUGAAUUCCAGGCUACAGGGAUCAGUUCCGCUAGAAAUGGCUGGUUUGGAGGGUGGAUUUUGAGGUCUCUCCUCUCCCCAAAAUCUGGCCUCUCGAGGUUGCACUCCCCAAUCCAAAGUUGAAAAACCUGUCUAGGGCAGGAAUAUUUCAUUUUGUGAGCACUCAGGUCAAUGUUUUGUUACUGGAACAGUAUCAUUUCACACUCCAAAUUAGCACAUCCAUUUAGGGUUGCUACCAGUGGCGUAGCUACCAUGGGGUAGGGUGGGGACAUGCGCCCCGGGCGGACAACAUUAGGGUCACUUGGGGGUGGAAAAUUGCCCCCAUACCCCUCCUCCUUCCCCCCGUGUCUCGUCCCGCCCUGCCAGGCCCUGUUGCUGGCUACGGUAAGUGGAGCGUGGUGUAUGUGUGAGGGUGAUGUGGGCGGAAAACUCAGAGUCUGCCCCAGGCUCCAUUUUCUCUGCUACACUCCUGGUUGCCACCCUCCAGGAGAAGCCCAGGGAUCUACUGGAAUCACAACAGAUCUCCAGACUACACCGAUCAGAUUAUCUUCCAAAUAUAAUUUCUUAAUUACAGAAUCAGCUUUUACUUUUUGUAGCAGGCUUUCAGGCUGCACAGAGAUCUUCAUCAGACAUUGGCCCUCAGAGCAAUGAAUAACGUGUUUUCACAGCAGAUGGUGCAAUAAUGCGAUAUUUUACUACGGGCAAAUGGAAAGUCCUGUGCAACUCAAAAGCUUGCAUACCUGUCCACUGCCAAAGUUCAGUGUGGAAGAUUUUUUUAAAAUUGAAUUUCAAGAUUCCUUUUUAUGACAUGAUUGGGAGCCUUUUUGUGCCUUUAAGAAGAAGAAGAAGAAGAGUUUGGAUUUAUAUCCCCCCUUUCUCUCCUGCAGGAGACUCAAAGGGGCUCACAAUUUCCU